CUAAACUCGCUGAUAUGAAACAAGCGUUACCAUUAGUAUCGUCAGUAGGCAAACCAGAUGACAAAGACACUAAAGAGGUUCAACCAAUUUCAAAACCAACAGACAAACCAAAAUCUCCGCUUGACAUUACUAAGCCUGUUCCUCAUGUGUACUCUUCUGAUGAAUCAGACGAAGACUUUGACAAACCUAAACUCGCUGAUAUGAAACAAGCGUUACCAUUAGUAUCGUCAGUAGGCAAACCAGAUGACAAAGACACUAAAGACGUUCAACCAAUUUCAAAACCAACAGACAAACCAAAAUCUCCGCUUGACAUUACUAAGCCUGUUCCUCAUGUGUACUCUUCUGAUGAAUCAGACGAAGACUUUGACAAACCCAAACCCGCUGAUAUGAAACAAGCGUUACCAUUAGUAUCGUCAGUAGGCAAACCAGAUGACAAAGACACUAAAGACGUUCAACCAAUUUCAAAACCAGAAGACAAACCAAAAUCUCCGCUUGACAUUACUAAGCCUGUUCCUCAUGUGUACUCUUCUGAUGAAUCAGAGGAAGAGCUUGACAAACCUAAACUCGCUGAUAUGAAACAAGCGUUACCAUUAGUACCGUCUGUAGGCAAACCAGAUGACAAAGACACUAAAGACGUUCAACCAAUUUCAAAACCAACAGACAAACCAAAAUCUCCGCUUGACAUUACUAAGCCUGUUCCUCAUGUGUACUCUUCUGAUGAAUCAGAGGAAGAGCUUGACAAACCUAAACUCGCUGAUAUGAAACAAGCGUUACCAUUAGUACCGUCUGUAGGCAAACCAGAUGACAAAGACACUAAAGACGUUCAACCAAUUUCAAAACCAGAAGACAAACCAAAGUCUCCGCUUGACAUUGCUAAGUCCGUUCCUCAUGUGUACUCUUCUGAUGAAUCAGAGGAAGAGCUUGACAAACCUAAACUCGCUGAUAUGAAACAAGCGUUACCAUUAGUACCGUCUGUAGGCAAACCAGAUGACAAAGACACUAAAGACGUUCAACCAAUUUCAAAACCAACAGACAAACCAAAAUCUCCGCUUGACAUUACUAAGCCUGUUCCUCAUGUGUACUCUUCUGAUGAAUCAGACGAAGACUUUGACAAACCCAAACCCGCUGAUAUGAAACAAGCGUUACCAUUAGUACCGUCUGUAGGCAAACCAGAUGACAAAGACACUAAAGACGUUCAACCAAUUUCAAAACCAGAAGACAAACCAAAAUCUCCGCUUGACAUUACUAAGCCUGUUCCUCAUGUGUACUCUUCUGAUGAAUCAGAGGAAGAGCUUGACAAACCUAAACUCGCUGAUAUGAAACAAGCGUUACCAUUAGUACCGUCUGUAGGCAAACCAGAUGACAAAGACACUAAAGACGUUCAACCAAUUUCAAAACCGGAAGACAAACCAAAAUCUCCGCUUGACAUUACUAAGCCUGUUCCUCAUGUGUACUCUUCUGAUGAAUCAGAGGAAGAGCUUGACAAACCUAAACUCGCUGAUAUGAAACAAGCGUUACCAUUAGUACCGUCUGUAGGCAAACCAGAUGACAAAGACACUAAAGACGUUCAACCAAUUUCAAAACCAGAAGACAAACCAAAGUCUCCGCUUGACAGUGCUAAGUACGUUCCUCAUGUGUAUUCUUCUGAUGAAUCAGAGGAAGACUUUGGCAAACCCAAACCCGCUGAUAUGAAACAAGCGUUACCAUUAGUACCGUCUGUAGGCAAACCAGAUGACAAAGACACUAAAGACGUUCAAUCAAUUUCAAAACCAGAAGACAAACCAAAAUCUCCGCUUGACAUUGCUAAGCCUGUUCCUCAUGUGUACUCUUCUGAUGAAUCAGAGGAAGACUUUGACAAACCCAAACCCGCUGAUAUGAAACAAGCGUUACCAUUAGUACCGUCUGUAGGCAAACCAGAUGACAAAGACACUAAAGACGUUCAACCAAUUUCAAAACCAGAAGACAAACCAAAAUCUCCGCUUGACAUUACUAAGCCUGUUCCUCAUGUGUACUCUUCUGAUGAAUCAGAGGAAGGGCUUGACAAACCCAAACCCGCUGAUAUGAAACAAGCGUUACCAUUAGUACCGUCUGUAGGCAAACCAGAUGACAAAGACACUAAAGACGUUCAACCAAUUUCAAAACCGGAAGACAAACCAAAAUCUCCGCUUGACAUUGCUAAGCCUGUUCCUCAUGUGUACUCUUCUGAUGAAUCAGAGGAAGAGCUUGACAAACCCAAACUCGCUGAUAUGAAACAAGCGUUACCAUUAGUACCGUCUGUAGGCAAACCAGAUGACAAAGACACUAAAGACGUUCAACCAAUUUCAAAACCAGAAGACAAACCAAAAUCUCCGCUUGACAUUACUAAGCCUGUUCCUCAUGUGUACUCUUCUGAUGAAUCAGAGGAAGAGCUUGACAAACCUAAACUCGCUGAUAUGAAACAAGCGUUACCAUUAGUACCGUCUGUAGGCAAACCAGAUGACAAAGACACUAAAGACGUUCAACCAAUUUCAAAACCAGAAGACAAACCAAAAUCUCCGCUUGACAUUACUAAGCCUGUUCCUCAUGUGUACUCUUCUGAUGAAUCAGAGGAAGAGCUUGACAAACCCAAACCCGCUGAUAUGAAACAAGCGUUACCAUUAGUACCGUCUGUAGGCAAACAAGAUGACAAAGACAGUAAAGACGUUCAACCAAUUUCAAAACCAACAGACAAACCAAAAUCUCCGCUUGACAUUGCUAAGCCUGUUCCUCAUGUGUACUCUUCUGAUGAAUCAGAGGAAGACUUUGACAAACCCAAACUCGCUGAUAUGAAACAAGCGUUACCAUUAGUACCGUCUGUAGGCAAACCAGAUGACAAAGACACUAAAGACGUUCAACCAAUUUCAAAACCAACAGACAAACCAAAAUCUCCGCUUGACAUUACUAAGCCUGUUCCUCAUGUGUACUCUUCUGAUGAAUCAGAGGAAGAGCUUGACAAACCUAAACUCGCUGAUAUGAAACAAGCGUUACCAUUAGUACCGUCUGUAGGCAAACCAGAUGACAAAGACACUAAAGACGUUCAACCAAUUUCAAAACCAGAAGACAAACCAAAAUCUCCGCUUGACAUUACUAAGCCUGUUCCUCAUGUGUACUCUUCUGAUGAAUCAGAGGAAGAGCUUGACAAACCUAAACUCGCUGAUAUGAAACAAGCGUUACCAUUAGUACCGUCUGUAGGCAAACCAGAUGACAAGGACACUAAAGACGUUCAACCAAUUCCAAAACCGGAAGACAAACCAAAGUCUCCGCUUGACAUUGCUAAGUCCGUUCCUCAUGUGUACUCUUCUGAUGAAUCAGAGGAAGAGCUUGACAAACCUAAACUCGCUGAUAUGAAACAAGCGUUACCAUUAGUACCGUCUGUAGGCAAACCAGAUGACAAAGACACUAAAGACGUUCAACCAAUUUCAAAACCAACAGACAAACAAAAAUCUCCACUUGACAUUGCUAAGUCCGUUCCUCAUGUGUACUCUUCUGAUGAAUCAGAGGAAGAGCUUGACAAACCUAAACUCGCUGAUAUGAAACAAGCGUUACCAUUAGUACCGUCUGUAGGCAAACCAGAUGACAAAGACACUAAAGACGUUCAACCAAUUUCAAAACCAGAAGACAAACCAAAAUCUCCGCUUGACAUUGCUAAGUCUGUUCCUCAUGUGUACUCUUCUGAUGAAUCAGAGGAAGAGCUUGACAAACCUAAACUCGCUGAUAUGAAACAAGCGUUACCAUUAGUACCGUCUGUAGGCAAACCAGAUGACAAAGACACUAAAGACGUUCAACCAAUUUCAAAACCAGAAGACAAACCAAAAUCUCCGCUUGACAUUACUAAGCCUGUUCCUCAUGUGUACUCUUCUGAUGAAUCAGAGGAAGAGUUUGACAAACCUAAAUUCGCUGAUAUGAAACAAGCGUUAUCAUUGGUAUCGUCAGUAGGCAAACCAGAUGACAAAGACACUAAAGACGUUCAACCAAUUUCAAAACCAGAAGACAAACCAAAAUCUCCGCUUGACAUUACUAAGUCUGUUCCUCAUGUGUACUCUUCUGAUGAAUCAGAGGAAGAGCUUGACAAACCUAAACUCGCUGAUAUGAAACAAGCGUUACCAUUAGUACCGUCUGUAGGCAAACCAGAUGACAAAGACACUAAAGACGUUCAACCAAUUUCAAAACCAGAAGACAAACCAAAAUCUCCGCUUGACAUUACUAAGCCUGUUCCUCAUGUGUACUCUUCUGAUGAAUCAGAGGACGAGUUUGACAAACCUAAACUCGCUGAUAUGAAACAAGCGUUACCAUUAGUAUCGUCAGUAGGCAAACCAGAUGACAAAGACACUAAAGACGUUCAAUCAAUUUCAAAACCAGAAGACAAACCAAAAUCUCCGCUUGACAUUACUAAGUCUGUUCCUUAUGUGUACUCUUCUGAUGAAUCAGAGGAAGAGCUUGACAAACCUAAACUCGCUGAUAUGAAACAAGCGUUACCAUUAGUACCGUCUGUAGGCAAACCAGAUGACAAAGACACUAAAGACGUUCAACCAAUUUCAAAACCAGAAGACAAACCAAAAUCUCCGCUUGACAUUACUAAGCCUGUUCCUCAUGUGUACUCUUCUGAUGAAUCAGAGGAAGAGCUUGACAAACCUAAACUCGCUGAUAUGAAACAAGCGUUACCAUUAGUACCGUCUGUAGGCAAACCAGAUGACAAAGACACUAAAGACGUUCAACCAAUUUCAAAACCAGAAGACAAACCAAAAUCUCCGCUUGACAUUACUAAGCCUGUUCCUCAUGUGUACUCUUCUGAUGAAUCAGAGGACGAGUUUGACAAACCUAAAUUCGCUGAUAUGAAACAAGCGUUAUCAUUGGUAUCGUCAGUAGGCAAACCAGAUGACAAAGACACUAAAGACGUUCAACCAAUUUCAAAACCAGAAGACAAACCAAAAUCUCCGCUUGACAUUACUAAGCCUGUUCCUCAUGUGUACUCUUCUGAUGAAUCAGAGGACGAGUUUGACAAACCUAAAUUCGCUGAUAUGAAACAAGCGUUACCAUUAGUACCGUCUGUAGGCAAACCAGAUGACAAAGACACUAAAGACGUUCAACCAAUUUCAAAACCAGAAGACAAACCAAAAUCUCCGCUUGACAUUACUAAGCCUGUUCCUCAUGUGUACUCUUCUGAUGAAUCAGAGGACGAGUUUGACAAACCUAAAUUCGCUGAUAUGAAACAAGCGUUAUCAUUAGUAUCGUCAGUAGGCAAACCAGAUGACAAAGACACUAAAGACGUUCAACCAAUUUCAAAACCAACAGACAAACCAAAACCUCCGCUUGACAUUACUAAGCCUGUUUCUCAUGUGUACUCUUCUGAUGAAUCAGAGGACGAGUUUGACAAACCUAAAUUCGCUGAUAUGAAACAAGCGUUACCAUUAGUAUCGUCAGUAGGCAAACCAGAUGACAAAGACACUAAAGACGUUCAACCAAUUUCAAAACCAGAAGACAAACCAAAAUCUCCGCUUGACAUUACUAAGCCUGUUCCUCAUGUGCACUCUUCUGAUGAAUCAGAGGACGAGUUUGACAAACCUAAAUUCGCUGAUAUGAAACAAGCAUCACCAUUAGUUUCGUCAGUAGGCAAAUCAGAUGACAAAGACACUAAAGACGUUAAACCAAUUUCAAAACCGGAAGACAAACUAAAAUCUCCGCUUGACAUUGCUAAGCCUGUUCCUCAUGUGUACUCUUCUGAUGAAUCAGAGGACGAGUUUGACAAACCUAAAUUCGCUGAUAUGAAACAAGCAUCACCAUUAAUUUCGUCAGUAGGCAAACCAGAUGGCAAAGAUACUAAAGACGUUCAACCAAUUUCAAAACCAAAAGACAAACCUAAAUCUCCGCUUGACAUUGCUAAGUCUGUUCCUCAUGUGUUCUCUUCUGAUGAAUCAGAGGAAAACUUUGACAAACCCAAACCCGCUGAUAUGAAACAAGCAUCACCAUUAGUAUCGUCAGUAGGCAAACCAGAUGACAAGGACACUAAAGACGUUCAACCAAUUCCAAAACCGGAAGACAAACUAAAAUCUCCGCUUGACAUUGCUAAGCCUGUUCCUCAUGUGUACUCUUCUGAUGAAUCAGAGGACGAGUUUGACAAACCUAAAUUCGCUGAUAUCAAGAAAGCGGUACCAUUAGUACCGUCAGUAGGCAAACCAGAUGACAAAGGCACUAAAGACGUUCAACCAAUUUCAAAACCAGAAGACAAACCAAAGUCUCUGCUAGACAUUACUAAGCCUGUUCCUCAUGUGUACUCUUCUGAUGAAUUAGAGGAAGAGCUUGACAAACCUAAACUCGCUGAUAUGAAACAAGCGUUACCAUUAGUACCGUCUGUAGGCAAACCAGAUGACAAAGACACUAAAGACGUUCAACCAAUUUCAAAACCAACAGACAAACCAAAAUCUCCGCUUGACAUUACUAAGCCUGUUCCUCAUGUGUACUCUUCUGAUGAAUCAGAGGAAGAGCUUGACAAACCUAAACUCGCUGAUAUGAAACAAGCGUUACCAUUAGUACCGUCUGUAGGCAAACCAGAUGACAAAGACACUAAAGACGUUCAACCAAUUUCAAAACCAACAGACAAACCAAAAUCUCCGCUUGACAUUACUAAGCCUGUUCCUCAUGUGUACUCUUCUGAUGAAUCAGAGGACGAGUUUGACAAACCUAAACUCGCUGAUAUGAAACAAGCGUUACCAUUAGUACCGUCUGUAGGCAAACCAGAUGACAAAGACUCUAAAUCCGUUCAACCAAUUUCAAAACCAACAGACAAACCAAAAUCUCCGCUUGACAUUACUAAGCCUGUUCCUCAUGUGUACUCAUCUGAUGAAUCAGAGGAAGAGUUUGACAAACCUAAAGUCGCUGAUAUGAAACAAGCGUUACCAUUAGUACCGUCUGUCGGCAAACCAGAUGACAAAGACACUAUAGACGUUCACCCAAUUUCAAAACCAGAAGACAAACCAAAAUCUCCGCUUGUCAUUGGUAAGCCUGUUUCUCAUGUGUACUCUUCUGAUGAAUCGGAGAAAGAAUGUGAUGAGCCUAAAAUAUAUGAAAUGAAUAAAAAGACUCGCCCUUUGCUGUCCGUAGUUUCGGGAGCAGAUGUGACUACCAGCGAAGAAAUGCCGUUUGAAAGUGAACGUGGUCAAUUUUCUACGAGUUUGUCAAACAGUCGAGAUAUUUUAGACUCAUGUAGUAGUUUAGAUAGUUUAGAAAGGUCUGCUGCCCCGAGUGGAGGAAUUGGAAAGGAGAGAGGUGUUGCAUAUUUUGUAAAUUUAGGUGAAAGAACGGAGUUAACCAGGAAAAAUAGUGAAGAAUUUAAGAAAGCUUCGGUGAAUAAGAAACUUAUUAGGGGUGUAAAGAAAACGUCUUCUACAAAGGUUGAAACUAAGGAUACUGUGAAGAAGUCACUAUUACAGAACCAUAGUCGCUACACCAAAACUGAAAAAGCCCAUCCUGCGACUCCUAGUGGAGAUGUGCAAAAUAAAGCUAAUAAAACUAAAGCAAUAGCAAAUGUAUCCACCAGACAGAAAAAGCAUUUACCAAAUAAAGAUGAAGUAUCUAAGGUUUCUACUCUAAAAGCUGCUCCAAGCCCACUAAAAACGGAGGUUCGUUCCGAUCGGUCCACAAGCCUUCGUUCACAAACAGUCAAUGUUGGAUUAAGCGAAGACAAUUUACAUAGCCGGUCAACUACGCCAAGGCCGCGUACACGCACUGACGUAACCACGAUGCCAUAUAACGCUACACUAAGAACAUUCAGUCCAACAUCUAGCCGUCCAAAGGCCGACUAUUCUCACGUAACUAGCGUUUAUGCGCAAACCAAAAAAUAUGAAAAAAAGACUACAUCCAAGAAAACCAAAACAAAGACAAUCACUAAAUCUUCCGAACCAGCAGGUGAAGAUGCUCAACGAAAGCGGCUGACUACACCUACCUCAACUGUAAUGCACAGAUA